UCCUGUGAGUGAGUAAUUCCGGGAAGCUCGCCUUACAACUCCGCGCGGCCCCCUGCGCUGCCCGCCCCACAACAAAACUCGGCGCGUCGCUCCCGGGAGCCGGGCUCGGAGCGACCCGCGGUUGGGACCGGAGGGAGGGGAGACUGACCAGAGCUCGGCCGGCAGCGGGACCCGCGCGUGCCGGGGACGCCAGGCGAAGCAGGCCGAGAGGCGGGUCUCAGCCCAGAGGCACCUUCUGCAAACAUGUCUGUGGAUCCCUUAUCCAGCAAAGCCCUGAAGAUCAAGCGCGAGCUGAGCGAGAACACGCCGCACCUGUCGGAUGAGGCGCUGAUGGGGCUGUCGGUGCGCGAGCUGAACCGGCACCUGCGCGGGCUCUCCGCCGAGGAGGUGACGCGGCUCAAGCAGCGGCGCCGCACACUCAAGAACCGCGGCUAUGCAGCCAGCUGCCGCGUGAAGCGCGUGUGCCAGAAGGAGGAGCUGCAGAAGCAGAAGUCGGAGCUGGAGCGCGAGGUGGACAAGCUGGCGCGCGAGAACGCCGCCAUGCGCUUGGAGCUCGACGCGCUGCGCGGCAAGUGCGAGGCGCUGCAGGGUUUCGCCCGCUCCGUGGCCGCCGCCCGCGGGCCUGCCGCGCUGGUGGCGCCGGCCAGCGUCAUCACCAUCGUCAAGUCGGCCCCAAGCCCAGGUCCCGGCCCCGCCCCCGGCCCGGGCCCCGCCCCCGGCCCCGCCCCCGCCGCCUGCUCCUAGUGCCCGCCGCACCCCGCCCGCUCCGCCCACGCCCAUUCUCCAAACCACGCCCCUCCGACCCAGGUUGCCUUCCCUAAGUGCCUAAGCGCAGUCUCUGGCUCCAAGUGCCGUUUCUCUGCAGCCACCAGCCCCCGUGGUGAAUACACGUUCCCUCCCCAGAGACUGUCUUCCUCGUGCGGUCCCUGAAACUGGGACCUAAUGGCCCUGGGGAGGGGCAACUUUGAUGAGAUAGGAGGUAGGGUGGGGUUGGGGUCUGGGGUUUCCUUUGGUAGAAACUUUGGCCCUCUUAGUUUUGGAAGGGUGGGAGAUAGAGGGUGGGAAUUAGAGAAGGGCCAUCGAGGGAAAGACGGCCAUCCCUCAUUUUUGUAACUGUUUGCUCAGAUUGUGCCACCGGCCCCUCCCCACCCUCCAGGGAUACAGGACUAGGCUUGGCCCCGUAUGCAUCUCGUGGGGCUGUCCAGCUGGGAAACUGAUGCUGCCGCUUCUGCUUUGCGCCUGGAUGCCUGGCCUUCCAAAGCUGGCAGACUCAUUGGAAAUCACCUAGUGAAGCCCAGUUAACGGAUGAGAAAAUAGGCCUCCAGUGGACGUGACAAUGCCCGAGGCCGCAUAUGCUUAGUGGCUGAGCUGGAACUAUGUCUUCCCACUGCUGCCCUGAGAUUCCAGCCAUGGUUGUCAGGGGAAUAGUGGACAGGGCCUGAAAAGGUGAUGCAAGGGCCUCUGUGGCCUGGGAGAUGGCUCUCUGUGGGUCAGGUGAAGAGAAGUAGAGGGAGAGAGAAGGUGACGCAGAUGGAAGAGAGGGAAGGAACUGGCCUGGCUCAACCCUGGGCUCUCCCAGCCAGGGAGCUGGCCAGCCAAAGAGAAAGAGGACCAAGGAGGUGACCAUAGUGGCAGGUGGGGAGAUGAGAAGACAGAUCCUACCGUUCCGCAGCCUGGAAUAGGGAUCCUUAAAAAGGGAAGGGUCCCACCUGUGCACCCUGUGGGAUGGGGGCCGGCGGCUGCCAUUGAUUGCCACUCUCGGGAAGCCUGGCCCCCGCCCCUCCCCCACCCCCACUAUACAGCUGCCCCUCCCCGCUGUUUAUUUAUUGCACGGAUCUAAGUUAUUCUCCCCAGCCAGAGCCCUAGCGCCCACUGCCUGGGAAAAGUGGUAUGUGGCCCUGAGCUGGACUUUAUAUUUUAUAUCUGCAAAUAAAUCACAUUUUAUCUUAUAUUUAGGGAAAGCCAGAUGGCAAAAACAACCAAAAAAUGUUUAAAAAAAAAUUGCCUGGCCCCCAGAAUUUAUUUAUUUUUCUGACUUACAGUAAGCGAGUUAUCCGCCUUCUGUAUUUUGUAGACUUUCUGAAUAAAGUCAAAUUCUCUUUUUCCACGGU